AUGGAAACCCGUGCAAGAAGUGCCAAUAGUAGGGGCAGGCAGUCGCAAAAUGAGGCUAGCGAAACCAACAACCUCAACGGGCAGUUCAUGCAGUUCAUUGAUGCCAUUCGCAACAUGACGCCACUUGCCACACCACCAGUUGCACCUCCCCAAGAAAACCUAAGAAACAAUGCUACCUUGGUAGAGCAGUUUUGGAAGCUUCAACCUCCAACUUUCGAGGGUGGGUUAGACCCUCUAGUAGCUGAAGAUUGGAUAGCAACAAUUGAACGGAUCUUUAAUCUCAUAGAUUGUCCAGACCCUAGGAAGGUAACUUGCGCUACAUAUAUGUUACAACAUGGAGCAAGGCAUUGGUGGGAUUCUACUGCCAGAUCCCGACCCCAAGUACAUGUGUGGACCUGGGAUCAGUUCAAGGAACUUUUUCUUAAGAAGUAUUACCCCGCUAACAUCCGUAACCAGAAGGAAGCAAAGUUCCUCAUGUUAAAACAAGGUAGCUUGACCUUGAUUGAAUACGAAAGGAAGUUUGAUGAGCUAUCACGUUUUGCCCCAGCCUUAGUGGAUACAGAACAAAAGCGGGCAAGGCGCUUUGAACAAGGGUUGAGAGAUGAUUUACGGCAGGCAGUCGUAACUUUUGAGUUAGGCACGUAUCAUGAGGUGCUAGCUAAGGCCCAACUGGCGAACUUUAGAGAAAGCUCCAGCAGCAAUAGCAAGCUAUCGCAGUCUGGACCACUAGAAAAACGUAAGUGGGAGGAUAAAGGUAAAGGAAAGCAGGAUUAUUCGAAGAAGAAUAAAGGAGGCGGUCCAACAUCAGGGUAUUAUCAACUGAACCCAGUGUGUGACAAAUGUCAGAAGCGUCAUACUGGACUAUGUCUCAUGGGAACCGGCGCCUGUUACAGUUGUGGUGAAAUGGGUCAUAUUGCCAAAUUCUGUCCCAAGGGUCAGGUAAAGAAACAGCAGCAACAACCAUAUCAACAGAAGCCAGGAAAUCCCCCUAAGGGGCAAGCUAGGGUGUAUGCACUCACAGGACAGGAGGAGGAUCAGGACUGCAACGUGUUGGCAGGUAACAUCCUCAUCUCUAGAAUACCUGCUUAUACUUUGUUUGAUUCUGGUUCCACCCAUUCUUUUAUAUCCCCUAAGUUUGCAAGUAAAUGCAAUGCACAUGUGGAACAUGUAAGUACUCGCUUAGGAGUAGCAAUACCCUCAGGAGAUAUAAUAAGCACGAAUCAUGUAGUAAGAACAGCUAAGGUGGAGGUCGGGGGAAAGUUUUUAGAAACAACCUUAUAUGUCUUAGAUAUGCAAGAAUUCGAUGUGAUUUUGGGAAUGGACUGGCUUUCCAAGCACCAUGCGACCAUUCUAUGCUUUGAGAAGGAAAUAGUUUGUAAGUAUCCUGAAGGGAUAGAACUUUGCCUUUCAGUGGCUGAGACAAAAUACCUUCCCCGUGUCAUUUCAGCAUUAAAAGCCAAGAAACUAUUACAGUCAGAAGGAUGUAUUGGAUUCUUAAUAGGUCUUCCCUGA